AUGGUGAUUAAGUUAGUCGUUGGAGGGUUCACCUUGAACAUUAUUAGUGUCUACGCGCCACAAGUGGGUUUGGACGAGGAGGUAAAAAGGCUCUUUUGGGAGGACUUGGACGAAGUGGUGGUAAGUAUACCGCCUGCAGAAGUUAUUCAUAGGAGGAGAUUUCAAUGGGCACAUUGGAGUGCUUCGAGAGGUUAUGACGAGGUGCGUGGAGGAUUUGGCUUCGGGGACGGGGAAUGGUGGAGGAGUCUCACUCUUGGAUUUCGCAAAGCUUUUGGAUUGGUGGUAGCCAACUCGUGUUUUCCGAAGAAGGAGGAGCAUACUUGGUAA